AUGGCACCCCCCUCUGACAACAAACAGCAAGUUCUCCAUGUAUUCCAGACCCAACCGACGUUUUCAUGCUCCAAAUGCGCCGCGACGAUCGCGCUUCAAGACGAGCUGAUCAGCAAGUCGUUCUCUGGCAGAGAUGGUCGAGGCUACCUGAUGCACUCGGCCGUCAACGUGAGGUUAGGCCGCAAGGAGGACCGGCAGCUCUUAACUGGCGUCCAUACAGUUGCAGACGUAUUCUGCCUGGGAUGCGACGAUAGAAUUGGGUGGUACUAUCACAAGGCAUCAGAUUACUCGCAGAAGUACAAGGAAGGGAAGUACCUGUUAGAGCGCGAGAAGCUUAUCAAAGAGAAUGCAUGGACCUUGGAUGAGCAGGAGGACGGCAUGCAACUGGCCUGA